UCUGUCUAUGGGCACAUCUAUCGGCUUAUCUACUGGGAUAGUCAUAGCCGCGGGCCUAAGCAAGAAUUCAUGAGAAAUGUCACACAAAAAAUGUUUUUUUCUCAAGUCGAUUCCCCAGAAUAUAAAACAAAAUGGAUAUCAUCAGAAUUGGCCGAGUUUGAAAAUUUGCUUUUUCACGGACAAUUGAGUUAUAGAGCAGAAGAUCUUAUAGAAAUACAAAAUGGAAGAAGUUGAUAGUGUUUUAGUGGAUAACGUCAAAUCAUUUGCUGCUGGGGGAUUCGGUGGUGUUUGUGCUGUUUUAACCGGACACCCAUUUGAUUUAGUGAAGGUGCGUUUACAGACUGGGGUCUAUGAUACUACCAGUCAAUGUAUUAGACAAACGUUGGUUAAAGAUGGAUUGAGAGGGUUCUACCGUGGGGUGUUGCCUCCAUUGAUUGGGGUGACUCCGAUGUUUGCAGUCUCAUUCUGGGGUUAUGACGUUGGUAAAAAACUUGUUUCUUCAUUUACUGGCCGUUCAGCUGAUAAGUUCACUAUCCAAGAUACUUCCACCGCUGGGUUUAUUUCUGCAGUUCCAACCACCUUGGUUGCUGCUCCUUUUGAAAGAGUUAAGGUUAUGAUGCAAAUCCAACAGAAGGAAGCUUCAAUGGCUUCUGUCAUUAAGGAAAUGUAUAAAACCGGGGGGAUUAGAUCGAUUUUUAAAGGCUCUUUGGCUACUUUGGCCAGAGACGGUCCUGGUUCUGCUUUGUACUUUGCCACCUAUGAAGUCUUGAAAGAAAAAUUGUCUACUCCCGGUAAAGACAUGUCAAUUGGUGCCAUUGUCACUGCCGGUGGGUUUGCUGGGGUUUCGAUGUGGUUGGGUGUUUUCCCGAUUGAUACAAUCAAAUCAACUCAACAAUCCUCCAACACAAACAUAUCCAUUUUCAAAACAACUUCCAAUAUUUAUAAAAAAGGUGGUAUCAAGGCCUUCUUCCCAGGGGUGGGUCCUGCUUUAGCAAGAUCUUUCCCAGCCAAUGCCGCUACAUUCUUGGGUGUUGAACUUGCCAGAAAAGCCUUAGAUUCUGUUGCCUGAAAAAAUAAAGCUUAAAAUUUCAAAAAAAAAA